AUGAGUGGUUUGACGUUAAGGUACAAUACCGCAAGAGGUGCUUUAAGUAGAAAUUGUAUGCAACAAAGGCGUCACUUUCUUGUUGCAACGGCCAUGACGCUGGGAGGCCUCAUAUUUGGCAAACAAGCCAGAUUAGCAAAUGCCAUGGACAGAGGAGAAUUGCACAACAAGAAUGAUGAUUAUGAACUACAACGCAAGGAGGAUACUGAUAGAAGAUUGCGGGCUCUUAGAAACAGUAGGCCUAUAGAACCAAGGUACGAGGGUCAUGUCCCACUAUACACUCAUGAAAAAUUACUGCUCUUCGCCAUAUCAGGUCUAAGAUCGUACUUCCACCCUGAGAAUGGUUUAAAUAUUGUUCAAUUGGGCGAGGCAUCUGCUAUCACCCCGUUCUUGGAGAACUUGAAGACUACAAUGUUAUCAGACAAGACUGGGAGACGGAUUUUGAAGGAGCAGCCUAACAUCACCUCUGACACACUGGAUAUGAAUAGAUUGAGUAAAAUGCCAAAGACAACCCUAGGUUAUACUUACUACAAGUGGUUAAAGAAGGAAGGAGUGUCACCAGACACUAGAGAACCUGUCAAGUACAUUGAUGAUCCUAUCCAUGCUUACGUUUUUAAGAGAUACAGACAAUGUCAUGAUUUUUACCAUGCCAUCAAUGAUUUGCCUAUUAUAAUUGAAGGCGAGAUUGCCAUCAAGGCUCUGGAAGCUGCGAAUAUGGGGGUUCCCAUGGCAGGUUUAGGGGCUCUCUUGGCGCCAUUGCGUCUGAAACCUAUUCAAAGAGAGAGGUUGUAUGAUAUAUACUUGCCAUGGGCUGUGAGAAUGGGUUUGAGUUGCAAGCCUUUGAUAAACGUUUACUGGGAAGAAAUCUUGGACAAAGAUAUCAAUGAGUUGAGGGAAGAAUUGGGGAUCUCUUCACCUCCAGACUUAAGAGAGAUCAGGAAGGAACGUUCAAGGAUCAGGAAAGAGUUGAAAAUGAAAUACGAAAAUCACGAAAUGUAA